GCGCCGAGGAGCUCAGGGAGCCGGGAUCCGCGGGCCUGGGGCUUAGGAGAGUUCUGUCCUUGGGCCGAGGCGGCUCGGCGAGGGAAAUGGCGGCGCGAUGGAGCAGCGAGAAUGUGGUGGUGGAGUUCCGCGACUCUCAGUCCUCAGCACCAAAAAAGAAAAACAGAAAACCAAAGAGCUUCAUUGUGUGCCUAUUAUGAGGAAGACAGGAGCUGUGCACCCAGAACAGGCUACUUAGCGUCUCCAGUUCCAGAAUUGUGAGAUAGACUCAAGGGAGUACAAGGCUACUGCCAUGUCUGUGGACUGUCUGGGGCAGCAUGCAGUGCUUUCUGGCCGCAGAUUCCUGUACAUCGUCAAUCUCGAUGCCCCUUUCGAAGGUCACCGGAAAAUCUCUCGCCAGAGCAAAUGGGACAUUGGAGCUGUGCAGUGGAAUCCUCAUGACAGCUUCGCACACUAUUUUGCAGCUUCGAGUAACCAGCGAGUGGAUCUUUAUAAGUGGAAGGAUGGCACUGGGGAAGUCAGCACAACGCUGCAGGGCCAUACUCGGGUCAUCAGUGACUUGGACUGGGCAGUGUUCGAGCCAGAUCUCCUGGUCACCAGCUCUGUGGACACCUACAUCUACAUUUGGGAUAUCAAAGACACAAGGAAACCUACUGUUGCGCUGUCUGCUGUAGCUGGUGCCUCCCAGGUCAAAUGGAAUAAAAGAAACGCUAACUGCCUUGCCACCAGCCACGAUGGGGAUGUGCGGAUAUGGGAUAAGCGGAAACCCAGCACAGCAGUGGAAUAUCUAGCAGCUCACCUCUCCAAAAUCCAUGGCCUUGACUGGCACCCAGACAGCGAGCACAUUCUUGCCACCUCCAGUCAAGACAACUCGGUCAAGUUCUGGGAUUAUCGGCAGCCCCGGAAAUACCUCAGUAUCCUCCCUUGUCAGGUGCCCGUGUGGAAGGCCAGGUACACGCCUUUCAGCAAUGGCUUAGUGACCGUGAUGGUUCCCCAGCUGCGGAGGGAAAACAGCCUACUCCUGUGGAAUGUCUUUGACUUGAACACUCCGGUCCACACCUUUGUGGGGCAUGAUGAUGUGGUGUUGGAGUUCCAGUGGAGGCGGCAGAAGGAAGGGUCCAAGGACUACCAGCUGGUUACAUGGUCUCGGGAUCAGACCUUGAGAAUGUGGCGAGUGGAUUUCCAGAUGCAGAGGCUCUGUGCCAAUGACAUAUUGGAUAGUGAUGAGUUCAUUGAGAGCAUUUCUCUUCUGCCAGAACCAGAGAAGACCCUGCACACCCAAGACAUUGAUCACCAGCAUAAUUCAAGCCACGGGGAGGAAGAAGCCUUGAAGGAAGAUCCCCCUAGCAGUCUCCUGGAGGAGAGGAAGGCAGAUCAGCUGGGGCUGCCGCAGACUCUGCAGCAGGAGUUUUCUCUUAUCAACGUGCAGAUCCGAAACGUCAAUGUAGAGAUGGACGCAGCGGACAGGAGCUGCACAGUGUCUGUUCACUGUAGCAACCACCGCGUCAAGAUGCUGGUGAAGUUCCCGGCACAGUACCCCAACAACGCUGCCCCUUCCUUCCAGUUCAUUAACCCCACAACCAUCACAUCCACCAUGAAAGCUAAGCUGCUGAAGAUCCUGAAAGACACCUCGCUGCAAAAAGUGAAACGAAACCAGAGCUGUUUGGAGCCCUGCCUGCGCCAGCUGGUCUCUUGCCUUGAGUCUUUUGUGAACCAAGAAGACAGUGCUUCCAGCAAUCCAUUUGCACUCCCAAACUCUGUCACGCCACCCUUACCAACAUUUGCACGGGUCACCACUGCCUAUGGGUCUUACCAAGAUGCCAAUAUCCCCUUUCCUAGGACUUCUGGGGCCAGGUUUUGUGGAGCAGGCUACCUGGUGUACUUCACAAGGCCCAUGACAAUGCACCGAGCAGUGUCUCCAACAGAACCCACUCCCAGAUCUCUCUCGGCCCUGUCUGCUUAUCAUACUGGCUUGAUUGCACCAAUGAAGAUUCGCACAGAGGCCCCUGGCAAUCUUCGUUUAUACAGCGGGAGCCCCACUCGCAGCGAGAAAGAGCAAGUCUCCAUCAGCUCCUUCUACUACAAGGAGCGGAUGUCUCCUCGCUCUGCCCGGCGACGUUGGUCCAUACAAGCAAUUAACGACUUCCCGAAAUCAAGGCGGUGGAAGAGUAAGCGCGAGGGUUCAGACUCUGGCAAUCGACCCAUCAAGGCUGCUGGGAAGGUCGUCAUCCAGGAUAUCUCAUGCCUCCUUCCUGUCCACAAGUCUUUAGGAGAACUGUACAUAUUGAACGUGAAUGAUAUUCAGGAAACAUGUCAGAAGAACGCCACUUCCGCCAUGCUUGUUGGGAGGAAGGAUCUUAUCCAGGUUUGGUCACUGGCUGCGGUAGCUACAGACCUUUGCCUUGGUCCGAAAUCUGAUCCAGAUUUGGAAACCCCCUGGGCACGGCAUCCUUUUGGACGACAGCUGCUGGAGUCCCUGUUGGCGCAUUACUGCCGGCUCCGGGAUGUUCAGACCUUGGCGAUGCUCUGCAGCGUGUUCGAAGCCCAGUCUCGGCCUCAGGGGUUGCCAAACCCCUUCGGGUCUUUUCCUAACCGCACUUCCAAUCUCAUGGUGUCCCACAGUCGAUAUCCCAGCUUUACCUCCUCGGGAUCCUGCUCCAGUAUGUCAGACCCAGGCCUCAGCACCGGUGGCUGGAACAUAGCUGGGAGAGAGGCUGAGCACGUGUCCUCCCCGUGGGGAGAGUCUUCUCCAGAAGAACUCCGCUUUGGGAGCCUCACCUACAGUGACCCUCGGGAGAGAGAGCGCGACCAACACGACAAAAAUAAAAGGCUUCUGGACCCUGCCAACACCCAGCAAUUUGAUGACUUUAAGAAAUGCUAUGGAGAAAUCCUCUACCGUUGGGGUCUGAGAGAGAAACGAGCAGAAGUGCUGAAGUUUGUGUCCUGUCCUCCUGAUCCUCACAAAGGGAUCGAGUUCGGCGUGUACUGCAGCCACUGCCGGAGUGAGGUCCGCGGCACACAGUGUGCCAUCUGCAAAGGCUUCACAUUCCAGUGCGCCAUCUGCCACGUGGCUGUGCGUGGGUCGUCCAACUUCUGCCUGACCUGCGGGCAUGGUGGCCACACCAGCCACAUGAUGGAGUGGUUCCGGACCCAAGAGCAGCACUUCUCUAAGGAAGUAGCAGAGAUGGACCCUGGUGUGCUGGCCUGGAUGAAUGGGGUAAUGGGACCCUCCUGGCGCCUCCCCGCUGAGCACAACUGUAGGCCAUGGAGAUGAUGCAGGAGGCGAAGAACCAGAAGGUGGGAAAAGCAGUGAAAUGGGGCCCUCAGGCUCCGGAAACAACAAAAAGGAGAGCAUGUGACAGCUUCCCACUUAACCCAAAACCGGGACCUGCGCUCAGCUUCCCAGUGCCCACCUGACAGCGGGGGUGGGGGUGAGGAGGGUGACCCUGGUGCCUUCCUCCACUCUGUGAGGCUCCCUACUCCCCCUAAAAGACCUCUGCCCACCUGACAGCACCUUGAAGGGGACCCUGUAACAAGCACCUCUGGCCCCUGGGAAGUACUGCCCUUACCCAUCGCACCUGAGACUGCGCCACCUGAGCCACCCAGCUGUUGGGAGCCACGUGCGGAACAGGAGUGCCCCGAGGGCACAGAGCACCUGGGAAGCGUCCUGAGGCCAGGGAGCCCUGGAGGAGAACAGCUGUUACACGGGGCAGUAGAGGCGAGCAAGUUAAGCCAAGGGCAGGGUGUGACAGGUGUAUAAAUAAACGCAUUGCGGGGGUUGAGUGGCUCUUCCCACCCGGAGAAGGGCUGCGCCUGAGCCCAGUUCUCUGUCUCUGUCUUUAUUUUCUUCAUCCUCUCGUGUUCUUCCCCCCAGGGAGCUUAGAGAGCUCUCAAGGCCACUGAUACCCAGCUGGCAAGGAACAUGUAGCCCAGGCCAUCUAGCCAUCUUUGGCUUUGGGAGUUUAUCCAGUCCGGAAAUAGCCUUUGGCACCACAGGCAGCAUCAGCAGGGACCUUGGGGUUAUGGUGGUACCAGAAAAAUUGAACAAACUCAAAUAACACCACAGAAGCUCCCAAGAUUAAAGUGUUAUUGCCGCUGAAGCCUACAGAUGUAGGCUAGGACCUGGUGCUAUCCCUAAACAGGGCAACUUGCUUUAAUAAGUAAAUAACUUUAGUGGGACCCAGAGUCUCCUAACACAUAGCAUAACGUCCAGUAUAUCAUAAAAAACUGAAGAGACGAAGAAAGCUCGUUCCAUCUGCUGCUUCCCCUCCCCUUCUCCCUUCAAAUCCAACUAGGUUAAGUUUUAACUUCCUAAAGGCCAUAAAACAAAGGCCUGAGGUACUAGCUCCUGACAUCCUGGGUCUUCCCUAUCUGGUAGCCCCGUCACAAAUUGUGUUAAUUGCAUCAGAUUGUAUUAGAUUGUACAUUCUUCACAGAAAUAGCUUCGUUUAUAUCAUAGUAAUACCUGUAACUGUAAAUGUGUGUCUUCCUUUUUCCCUGGGUAAAAGAUUGAUAUGUUAAUCAAUGCUCUCUUCUGUAAAGAAUUGUAAAAUCUUACCCAAUUGAUAUGUUAACCAUUGUUGCCCUCUACAAAUAGAAAGGUUGUGGUGCUAAAGUAAGGUAAUUAUGUCAGGAAACUCAGAGAUAAAGUCUGCUGACUAUGCUAAUCAAGAUUGGGAAGUAUGUCAGAACCAAGCCACACAGGAGCUAGGUGACCUAAAAAUAAGCUGUGCAAAACAAGACAGUUAAUCAACUCUGACCCACUGGUCGCCCCUCAUGAUCUGACCAAUCACAAAUGGACAAAUCACCAACUGUUCUGCUCUAACUGCUAUGAUUGGCUUCUGUAACAAUGCUUGCUUGCUUUGCGGUUUUCAUCCUUAAAAACACCAGCCUUGCCCCAACUCAGGGUUCUCCGUUUCCACCUGUUUGGAGGACCCCGUGUACACGGAAUAAUAAAAACCCCAUUGUUUUUACAUGA